AUGCACGAAGAAGAAAUAUACACCUCUCUUCAGUGGGAUAAUCCAACAUCAGAAACUUCUCAGAAAUGUCUGACUUCCACCAAACUUUCAGGAACAUGCUGUGUUGUGAUGGCGAUUUCAUGGAUUUUCUGCAUAGGCUUGUUAACAACAUCCAUUUUCUUUGGCAUCAAAUUUUUCCAGGUAUCUACCAUCUCAAUGCAGCAGCAAGAAAAACUCAUCCACCAGGAAAGAGCAUUGUUGAACUUUACGCAAUGGAAGAGAAACCAUGACCUUCAGAUGAAAUGUUGUCAAACCUUGAUGCAAAAUUCUUUCAGUUUGGCCUGUAACUGCAGUCCUUGUUCSGACAACUGGAUUCAGAAUGGAAAGAGUUGUUACUAUGUCUAUGAUAUUUGGAAAAGUUGGCCAGCCAGCAAAGAGGCUUGUUUGAAAGAGGGCUCCAGUCUUCUACAAAUAGACAGCAAAGAAGAAAUGGUUUUUAUCACCAAAAACUUGCAGAAGCUCAAAGUAGGCUAUGCGUACUGGGUGGAAAUAUCUCAGGAUGGACUUCAGGCACCUUUGCUUUGGCAAGAUGACUCCUCUCCUUCCCCUGACCUGUUACCAACAAAGAGACCCCAGUCAACCAACCAGCUCUGCAGAUUCCUCAAAGACAAUGUCCUUUUGUCAGAUAACUGUAACAAAUGGAAAUAUUUUAUCUGUGAGAAGUGCUCAUUAAGAUGCUCUAUCUGAAAGAAAUUGCUCAAAAAGAUCUAUAAUGCUGGUAUUUGAAACAGGCCAUUGAAAAACCUGCCACAAAAAGACUAAGAGCAAAUACAGAAGUAAACCAGUGUAUGGCCUUUGAAAUCAGCUUCCUGGAAAUCAACCCUUCCUUUCAUAUUUUCACUUGGAAAUGUCUUCAACAAUUUGAAGAUUUCAGUUGACAUUGUUCAAAUUGCCAAUAAAUUGAUUGGAACCACAGAGGACCAGACACUGAUGCUCUGUGAACAAACAAGAACA